AUGACAGUAUGUAUACUCUUCGCUGAAAAACCACUUCGGAUUCAUGUCCCUCAGGGGUACCAUUCAGGUGGAGCAUCUUAUGUAUUAAGUCGAGAAUCAUUACGACGCUUUUAUGAAGCAUGUAACGAUCCAGCAUCAAAGUAUGCUAAAGAUGGUGGUGCUGACGAUAUUGAAAUAGUAAUAUGUCUACGUACAAAAGGUGUUUAUCCAGGCAAGGCACUGGAUAAAGAAAAUCGUGAACUAUUUCAUCCACUUUCAUUUACUCAUUAUUAUCAGGGUUUCUUCCCUAAUUGGCUUGUAAAACGUGCCUAA